GUGAACAAAUUACGAGAGGUCGAGGGAGAGCCAUGGGACUUGGUUUCUUCAAGGCGCUUUGUUGUAACAACUCUCAGCAUGAAAUUCCCAUUGACUCCUCGGACUUCUCUCCCGGCCGCCCUCGCAAGCAGACGUACGAGGAUCAUCUGCACGACGUCAAACCAGCACCUACUUCGCAAGCGCAGGUCGGGCCGGUGCUGGGAAGGCCCUACGUAGACGUAAGGAUGAUGUACGAGCUGGAGAAGGAACUGGGGAGAGGGCAGUGCGGGGUGACUUAUCUGUGCGCAGAGAAGAGGACGGGGAGAAAGUAUGCGUGCAAAAGCAUAGCGAGGGGGAAGCUGACGAGGAAGGAGGAGAUAGAGGACGUGCGGAGAGAGAUACUGAUACUGCAGCAUCUGUCGGGGCAGCCAAACAUAGUGGAAUUCAGGGGCGCAUACGAGGACAGGCAGAACGUGUACUUGGUCAUGGAACUGUGCACCGGCGGGGAGCUGUUUGAUCGCAUCAUCGCCAAAGGGAAUUAUUCCGAGAAGGAAGCGGCGGCGCUGAUCCGGCAGAUCGUGACGGUGGUUCACGUGUGCCAUUUCAUGGGAGUGAUGCAUCGGGACGUGAAGCCCGAGAAUUUCUUGAUGACCAGCCAGGACGAUGACGCCCCCAUGAAGGCCACCGAUUUUGGACUCUCCGUCUUCAUCGAGCCCGGUUUGUGCUCCCCCUUCUUCUCAUUUUUCACUUCAGUAGCAUGGAUGAGCCCAGGCCCAAAUUACGUCAAAUUGAGUUUGAGUACAUACUUAGUGCCUGUUUGGACCCAUCGUCACUACCAACAGCUGCCAAAGAGAAACCAACAUGCUCCUCAUCCCGCCCCGCCCUCCGCCUCCCCCUCCCCCUCCCCCUCUUCCUCCCACCCUCAACUCAGUCCCGUUCUGGGCAAACCGUAUUUUGACAUCAAAACACACUACACUCUGGACAAAGAGUUAGGAAGGGGCCAAUUCGGCACCACUUAUCUCUGCACCGAAAAGCUCACCGGACUCAAGUACGCUUGUAAGUCCAUAUCAAGGAGAAAGAUGAGCAGCCGGAGGGGAAUCGACGAUGUGAAGAAGGAAAUUAUGAUCCUGCAGCACCUGACGGGGCAGCCCAACAUAGUGGAAUUCAAGGGAGCUUACGAGGACUGGCAUCACGUGCAUUUGGUUAUGGAGUUGUGUUCCGGCGGGGAGCUUUUUGAUCGCAUUAUUGCUAGAGGGGUUUACUACGAGGACGAAGGUGCCGUCAUAUUCAGGCAAGUCGUCAACGUGGUUCACGUUUGUCAUUUCAUGGGGGUGAUGCAUCGGGACCUUAAGCCUGAAAAUUUCUUGUUGGCCACAAGGCAACCCAAUUCUCCCUUGAAAGCCAUGGAUUUUGGCGCCUCUGUCUUCAUUGAGCCAGGUAAAGAGUAUAAGGAAGUCGUGGGAAGUGCGUACUAUGUGGCCCCGGAGGUUCUAAGACGGAAUUAUGGAAAAGAGAUAGAUGUGUGGAGUGCAGGAGUCAUUUUAUACAUCCUCCUUAGUGGGGUGCCUCCAUUUUGGGCUGAGAACGAGAAAGGCAUAUUUGAUGCUAUUCUGGAAGGCAAACCGGAUCUUGAAAGCCAACCAUGGCCUUCUAUUUCAGCUUCUGCCAAGGAUUUGAUCAGAAAAAUGUUGGCAUAUGAUCCCAAGAAACGCAUCACAGCCGCUGAUGCCCUUGAACAUCCAUGGAUGAAAGUGGGUGGUCAAGCAUCUGAUAAGCCUAUAGACAGUGCCGUUUUAAUUAGGAUGAAACAGUUCAGAGCAAUGAACAAAAUGAAGAAACUUGCCCUAAAGGUAAUAGCACAAAACCUAUCAGAGGAAGAAAUCAAGGGCUUGAAACAAAUGUUCCGCAAUAUGGAUACAGAUAACAGUGGCACGAUCACACUUGAAGAACUCAGAGCUGGAUUGUCCAAAUUGGGAUCCAAACUUAACGAAUCUGAAAUACGGCAGUUGAUGGAUGCUGCUGAUGUUGACAAGAAUGGAACUAUUGAUUAUUAUGAAUUCAUAACUGCCACCAUGCAUCGGCACAGACUUGAGAAGGAAGAGAACUUGUUCAAGGCUUUCCAAUACUUCGACAAGGAUAACAGUGGAUAUAUCACGAGAGAGGAGCUUAGGCAGGCAUUGACUGAAUACGGAAUGGGGGAUGAAGCCACGAUAGAUGAAGUGAUCGACGAUGUGGACACUGAUAAAGAUGGCAGGAUCAAUUACGAGGAGUUUGUGGCUAUGAUGAAGAACGCGGGAUGAGACGAGUGUGUGAGAAUGAAAUAAUGUAUCCAACGUGAUAAUAAGCCAAAGGCAUUAUGGAUUUUGAUUGCUAUGUGCUGCCAUUUCCACUCUCAAUUGCUUCUAUCACUAUUCUCUCGUGCUUUGAAUAAACUUAACGGCGUCACUGCUUUCUUGUAUGCUUAGCAAUUUGUUACGCUGCCAAUUUAUAUUUAUCUCUCUGUUUAAUAUCCACCCCCUGCAUUAAUGGGACACAUUCA